GCAUGGGUUUAGGGGAGGCGUAUUCGGAGGCGUGUGGAUAACCACAAAAACCCACGGAAAAGAGCUCACUCACCACAUUCUCUUAACCCUACUUGACAAUCAUAGCUAGGAGGAUUUGACUCUAGACAACCGUCUCAUAUCUAACAAUCUCCCAACCACUUGGUUGGUUGUUUAUUUUGCCUUUAAGAGUAUAUUAGAUUAGUAUAAACACCCAACGUUCCAAUUCUGAGUGCAUAGUAGUCAUCUCGCACGAAAUGGCACAUUGCCAAUUUCCCAUAAUGACAUGGUCUUCUUUUUCCAUAAGGAAACCCUAGCAUUAUAGCCGCUAGUUUAACUUUCUCUCAAGAGAGCAGAGGAAAGCACAUCAGUGAUCAAAUCAUUUGUACAACUUUCUAGGUUCACACCUUUGAAAGGAAAGCUUUGAACCAUUUCAACUAAAGGUCGGAGGACGGAGGCGCAACAACUUGUUUUGUAUUUUAGAGUGAGCCGAAUGGAAGAUUGGAAGUACGAUUAGGAGUGGUUGGGAACCAAGAAUGAAACUAUCAAAGUGAUGCGAGCAGAAAUGAUGUUUUCCGGAUACUUUAUGUAUCACUCUGUCAUUUAAGCAGAGGUUAAGCAAUGGUAGACUUGCAAUUGAAUCCUGGUUCGACAAGGACUGGACAGAAGAAGGAAGAAGAAGGAAACGUUUGCAAUUUAGAACUUUUAAUACAGAACAACCAUCGUCGCUUUGGCCGAGUGGUUAAGGCGCUUGCCUGCUAAGUAAGUGGGGUUUCCCCGCGUGAGUUCGAAUCUCACAGGCGACGCAUUUUUUUCCCUACUCUUUCUAGUUUUUACCCUCUACAAAAUUUAAAUCUCACCUAAAUUUUCGUUUUUUGGUUGGACUCGACCAAUCCAGAAGCAAUCUCCAUCAAUCCUCCCUCCCAACCUCCCCCGUCGCCGGCCGUCGCCAUUCCUCGCGCCGGCCUCAGUCUCGGUAAUGAAAAGAUCCAAUCUUGGUCCUCGGUUUUUCUUCUCCGGCUCAAAGUUUUCACCUUUUUAUUGUUUUUUUCUGAUUGGGUAAUAAAUCCGAUUUUGUUUGAUUAUUCUCUUCCCCAAAUUGCAGCACCAAUUCAAUCGGAUCUUCUAUUCGCAGCUUGGGAUCUCAUCACAGUCUCCGGACGAGCAAAUGGUUUAUCACUCUAGCUUCGUGGCCGACGAUGGAGUUACAAGAGCUUGCGGCUGCCCGUUACUCCCUUUGAAAUCACACAUAAAGGGCCCUGCUCCAACUUCAGAUCAAGGUUUGAAGUCUUUACUCAUCCAAGAUACAACUGAUAUAGUCGAUGAAGCUAUCACCUUUUUUCGUGCUAAUGUGUUCUUUAGAAACUUCGACAUCAAGAGCCCUGCCGAUAAGCUUCUCAUCUACUUGACCUUCUACAUUAACGUGGCGUUGAAGCGCUUAGAAGGGUGCAGGACGUUAGCUGUAGGCACGAAAGCCAUUAUUAACCUGGGGUUGGAGAAUGUUCCGGUCCCUGGAGAAUCCGGUUUCCCCUUUCCCGGGCUGUUCAUUGAACCUCAGUCUCACAGUGAAGCAGAGCUGUUUAGGGAUUACCUGAAGCAGAUAAGGGAAGAAACGAGCGGGAGGCUAUUGAGCGUUGCGUAUCGUGUCAAUGGGACUCCAAACAAGUGGUGGCUGGCGUUUGCAAAGAGGAAGUUCAUGAAUGUCAUUGCUCUUUGAUGCAGCGCUUUUUUCCCCCCUGGCGCCUGGCAAUUGUAGCUUGUUGUGAAUUGAGCAACGAGGUUGCCAUUUGCAGGGCGCAGCAUUGUUUGUUGGUUUCGUGAAAUGUAGUAUAUAUAUCAUUGUUCAUUGUGUAAUCUGUUCCGGAAUAAAUCUGAUCUUGUGGUGUAGAAAGUUUCACUUCAGUCACAAAUCAAACUGAUGAUGAUGAGUAAGUAUCUCAUAGGCAUCAUGAAUCCAACCUUCACCAGUUUCAGCAGCAUCUCAUGGUACCCUUGGUAUCCUUCUUUGUCCGCGUCCAUGAAUGCAAUGUAGAGAAAGUUUCGUACUUAUUAGCUUGGUAUUUACAAGAGGAAAGUACUCAAGUAGUAUUUAUAUGAACUCGCUUCAUUUAUGCUUUGAAGAAGUUGAUUCAAUACAAGAGCAGCAGGGGAGUGAAUGAAGUUUAAUUUUGUGA